AUGGAAUUACCUAAAUUCGAAUCUCUGGCGGACGAGCGACGAGGUAUAAGUCAGAAUUGUUAGUUUUUUCGGGGAAGCAUUUUUAAUAUUUAAAUUCAAAGUGAGGUAUCGGAUCGUGGUUCGCAAAAAUGAAAAACUCACGUCCCGUAUUGUACAUCAAAAUAUGCGUCGUGUUGACCCAUAUUGCUUUGAUUUAAUAUUGCCAUCGGAGAGGUAUGUACUUGACAAAUUUCCGAAAUUCGAAAACGAAGGCCCCGACAGAAAGAAUAGAAUUUAUCGUCGGAGUAACUAUCCCGUAUUACAACAACUAGUUUAUCGCAUGCAUUACUUAACGUCUCAUAAAAAAAUUCCUCGGUUAAAACGUCGUGCUGAAGUUAGCCGUUAUUUUAUUUCGGUCAAUUAA